AGCCAGAAGCAGUUACUUGAAUCAGAAAUAACGGGUUAUAUUACACACGAUGUUUAGAUUCAUCAGCAGAGGUUUGUGACUCAUGCACCUUUGUAAAUUGCACAUCAUGUGGGGACAUGGAACGACUGUUUACAUAUUGAUUUCUGCGUCAGAUUUUCAGUAUCCAUCUCUGGAAAAAACCCCUCGUACUGUAAGCAGUCUUUCUCUACACUCAGAGGGGUUAAGAGCCCUGAUGGGAUUGGUUUAAGCCAUUAGGAGUAGUUAAUGGUCUUCCCUGGUAUUGGUAAGUAACACAGACUAAUUGACCAGGGAGAGCAGACGGCUAAAACUGUCUCCGAGCAACAGGUGGAGUCGCAGUCGAGGAUCCGCUGAGGGACGACGGACACGAUUCACUCUGCUGCUGCAUGAAAGAUUGAAUUUGAGGAAGGACAGAUUAUGAGUGUUGGUCUUCAGUUUGCUGUCUGAGGAACUGGAGUGUUAUUCACUGGAUAACACACCUCAUUAGUCAGGCCGACCCCCAACUCUGGAACGCAGAGGACAUCAGGGACAAUUGGAAAUUACUGGCCAUUGGCUGGUCUGAUAACUUUCCACCAGAACAAGGAAAUCUCCAUUCCUGCAGCGUGUUUGGACUCGGGCGGGGCCUUCAGUCAGUCUCAUGGCAGGAGCAAACCCACUGAUUCAAGUCCAGAACACACUCUACAGUCUGCAGUUCACUCCAUACAGCCUGGUUCAUCACCAUCAACGCAUGCAUCAGCACACUCCUCGUCAGAGAGCCUUCACCCCCAUGCUGCACCAGCCCUCCUCCGUCCCACCUGCUCCAACUGCAACGGCAACUCAAGACAGUAGUCUCCAGUCCAACAUGCAGCACCUGAAGCCGCCUCCCGCUGCAGUCACUGCCUUUCACAGGGCGACACAGAGAUCCUUCAGCACAAAACGAGGAAGACUUGGUGCCCUGCAUGUUUGCAUCGCGUGGAAGAUUUAUUACCACAAACAACUCAAGAAAAUGCAGCAGAAACCCAACAGUCCCCAUCGAGAGCCGACACCUGAGAAUCCAUCUGCUGUCGUCAGACCAGACUCGGUCCAACACGAGCGAUCGGAUCAGCCCUCGAGCAAACGUGCAAAUCCAGGCCCUUCAUGUGGACAGUUUGCAUAUAGAAACACUGUUGACAGGAGGGAAACGGGCCUCUCCACAUCUUCACCAGCAUCCGCGACCAAGACGGAGAAACUGGAGCAGCUGCUGCUGCAGCAGCCGCAGAGGAAAGAGAGACUGGUUGAUGAGAACCACAGAGGCCACCGAACGGACACAACAGAGGAUUUACCACUCGGAGUCGAACCUUGGGAUCCAUCAGUGACCCGUGAACUUGACGGCACGCGCGGCUCACGUGACAGGAAGAGGAAGCGCGAGGGUGGCAGCUUCGUCAAACUGAAAAGGGCGAAGCGGGAGACUGUCGUGGACCACUUUCCCUCCAUCAAUAUUUGGCACGAUCCGUCUGCAUUCAGUUCAACUCAUACCCAUCCGUCUCCGUGCACCAUACCUGUGCAACAUUUGAGUGGUUUGUCUGUUUUGUAUCCUAACAGCAGUAGUUUUAAUGUUACCCGCACUCCUGGGGGACGCUUCCCUUACUCAGGAGCUGAAAUGCAUCCCUACCAAGCUGCAUCAUGGGAGCCAACGUGGGACAUAAGAGAGGACCUCCACUCCAGACACAAUGACUACGCACAGAACGCCCCCAGUGGGAUCAGGAUACCGCUUGUAGCACAGAUGCAAAAAGCAUAUUUUCGUGAUUUCUCUGCACCGUCUCUUCUUUUCCCUCGGGCUUUGAGGAAGCAGGAGACGGCAGAGAUUCAAGGGUGGGACGCUCCUGUCGUCUGCUCGUCUACACUCCUGUCAUGACCUCAUUCUGGCAACAUCCCACCCAAGUGUCCAAGGUCUCAUACAUCUUUAAAGCAAAUUUGAGCUUUCUGACUCAUAAACUCUGACUCAAACACUUGGUAGCCUAGCAACUUAGUAACACUACAUAUAACCCACAAUGCAACGGGAAACACAGUGGUUACACAGCUUCGCUCUGUUAAGAAUGAAUAUCUGUUGUAAUGAAUGAACAUGCCAUUGACUUUCGUUUAAACUGAAAUUUGAGAAAAAUUAAUUUUUAUAUUAAAGCCAUUACUGCAUGUGCUCUCUCCAGAGCGGUAGAAAACUCUCAGCAUAGUUUUUCUUUUCAUUUGGUUAAGGCCUUCAGGUGGAAGAGAAACUCAAAUGGACAGAAAUCUGUCGUAGCGACGGGAACUUUGAUCCCCGGACUCAAAAUGACCAAGCUAACAUGCUGUUGCUGAUCUUCGUUUUGAGUAUUUAUGCUCAAUCCAAAACACAUCUGAGGCUGAUAGGAACUCCACAAGUGUUGCAGGUAUUUGGUGAUAAAUAAGGUGUUGGACAUAUU